AUGAAAGACUCGACAAGUGACGAGCAUGCGCCGAUGCUGCUGGCUGUCAACGCAACCUCGAAGAUACAUUUAAUCAUCGGCUCUACUUCGAUAGCCGCUUCGCGCUGCACAAAAAGUCUUCAAGCCGGCGCAAAGCCGAUAGUUAUUGCACCAGAGACUGAAGACGUGCACUUUUCGUUAAGAGAGCAGAUUGAACAGGGAUCGGCGCAGUGGAUUAAAAGAGAAUUCCAAGACGAGGAUUUGAAGACUUUGGGUCGCGAAGAAGUCGAUCAUGUCGUUGAUGCGGUUUUUGUCACAUUGGGGAGUGGCAACCCUCUCAGUUCACAUAUAUUCAAGCUCUGUAACCGGCUCAGGAUACCAAUCAACGUGACUGAUGCACCGGACCUGUGCUCUUUUACAUUACUCUCAACACAUUCAGACGGCCCGUUGCAUAUUGGUAUCACGACUUCAGGACGCGGAUGCAAGCUUGCCUCACGCCUGAGGCGAGAAAUUGCCUGCUCACUGCCCGCAGAUUUCGGCAAGGCCGUCGACCGCCUGGGCUCCCUGAGAAGACGAAUCUGGGAGGAAGACCAGGCUGGGUCCAAACCUGAAGUCGAAGACGAAGAUUCGGCUGCCCAAAGCCAUACUUUCAACUCCCUAGUUACAGAUGAGGAUUCCAAUGCGGCCAAAACCAGAAGGAUUAGGUGGUUAUCUCAAAUUUGCGAAUACUGGCCCCUACAGAGGCUGGCAUCGAUAUCCGACUCGGAUGUUGAUUCAAUCCUCAAAACAUAUUCGUCUAGUGUUUCAAAUGAGGCUUUGCCAGUGACCAGCCGUCCUGGGAAAGGGAAAAUAGUACUGGCAGGCUCAGGGCCUGGGCAUCCAGACCUUCUUACGCGAGCCACACACAACGCGAUUAGAGACGCAGAUAUCAUUUUAGCCGACAAACUCGUUCCAGCACCGGUCUUGGGCUUGAUUCCUCGACGGACAGAAGUUCAUAUUGCGCGCAAAUUUCCUGGAAAUGCCGACCAAGCCCAGGAAGAAUUUCUUCAAAUGGGCUUAAAAGCCCUUUGGGAAGGAAAACAUGUUCUUCGAUUGAAGCAAGGCGACCCUUAUCUCUACGGCCGCGGCGCAGAAGAAUUCGACUUUUUCCGGAAUGAAGGAUAUACACCCCUUGUGCUCCCUGGCAUCACAAGCGCUCUUAGUGCUCCUUUAUUCGCCGAUAUUCCGGCAACUCAUCGCGGAGUUUCCGACCAAGUCCUUGUUUGUACGGGCACUGGUCGGAAAGGGGCCGCGCCCGAACCUCCAACUUAUGUGCCAACACAGACGGUAGUUUUUCUCAUGGCUCUUCACAGACUUUCUGCGUUGGUAGAUAGCUUGACUGUCACGAAUUCAGACACGAAUGAGCACCGGGUUCUCUGGCCAAGAAUAACCAUGUCUGCUGCCAGGCCCGCGCAAACACCCUACGUGUCUAAUGGCCGAGUACUCGAAACUCCCCCGCUGACGGCGCGAGUUGUCCGCUGGGUCGAUAACGCGUACCUCUUCUUUGGGCUUUACCUUGUCUCUUUAUUCGCGCUGGACUCGUACGCCGCCGCACAAGGUUCGCAGUUUAAUAUCUCCGCGUCCCACAAUAACCCUAAUACUAGACCCCGCUGGGGAGGUCGCAGUACCGGAGGAGGAGGAGGUGGUGGUGGAGGUGGAGGUUGGGGACCAGGCGGUGGUGGUAAUGGUGGACGGAAAAUCGGACAAGUGGAUGAUGUUCGAGGGCCAGAGUGCAAGAGCUGUCAAUAA